AUGCGGCGCUGGUUAUCCCUGCUGCUCCUUGCGGCAUUGUCCAUAUGGACUGCCAGUGCAAUGGAAGCUCUCAUUGACCAAACCGACGAGAAUCGGCAGCGAUGUGCCGGCAUGUACGCCAGAAAGACCUGGGGCGGCCCUGUAGACCCUUUCAUACUGUUGAAGUUUGACAAGUACGAGGGGGAGGCAGAUGCCACCGUCAGCCUUGUCAUCUUCGAAUGGAAAGAUGAGAAGUUUAUUGGUGUCUACCCAUCCGAAGACGCCGUUCAGAAAGUUGGUAUUUGCCAACCCAAAUGGGUCGAGGCCGGCUUCUGCGCGGAGAGCGAUAUUGGCGAGUAUAUCCUGACGCCGAACGCUACCGAAAAGUCCAGCAACGUCAUCCUUACGCAGGCGGUCAACUUGAAGGACAGCAAGCCCAUCAACUACCCUAUCAAGAACACGGGUUACUACUGCAUCAUGACGGACAAGUACACGGCCGAGAACUACCGAGCUGUUGUCGAAUUCCGCAAUGCAUACGGCGAGCUACCCGCAACACAGAUUCCGAAGCUGCCGUUCUAUGGAGGGAUAGCGAUCCUCUAUGCGCUUGUCACGGUGUUCUGGGGAUUCUUGUACUACCAGCACCGUUCCGAUAUCCUAGCUGUGCAGAACUACAUCACCGCCAUCCUAAUCUUCUUGGUCGUGGAGAUGUUGAUGACCUGGGGCUUCUACGACUAUCUCAACAGAAACGGCUCGAAUGUCGGCUCCAAGGUUCUACUGAUUGUGGUCGCCGUGCUUAACGCUAUCAGGAACUCCUUCUCAUUCUUCCUGCUGCUUAUUGUGUGCAUGGGCUACGGCGUGGUCAAGCCAACUCUUGGCAGGACCAUGAUCUAUGUUCGCUGGCUGGCCAUUGCCCACUUUGUCUUCGGACUUGUCUAUGCAAUCACGAGUCUUCUUGUGACGCCAGAUGCCGCAGGGCCGUUCGUCAUGCUCAUUGUCCUUCCCCUGGCCGGGACGCUGACUGCGUUUUACGUCUGGACCCUCAACUCGCUCAACGCCACUCUGAAGGACCUGCGCGAGCGCAAGCAGCACGCCAAAGAGGCCAUGUACAAGAAGCUGUGGUGGGCCAUUUUGCUCAGCAUACUUGUCAUCUUUGGCUUCUUCUUCCUCAACAGCUUCUCCUUUGCUUCGGCUAGCGACCCCGACUACGUCCCCUUCCAUUGGAAGACUCGCUGGUUCAUCCUAGACGGCUGGCUGAACCUGGUCUACUUUGCGGAUGUGGCGUGGAUCGCGUACGUGUGGAGGCCGACGGCGAACAACCGCCGGUUCGCCAUGAGUGACGAGAUUGCCCAAGACGACGAUGGCACCUUUGAGAUCAAUAACAUGGACAUCGGUGCCCCCGACGACUCGGACGACGAGGAGGCCAACAUUGGCAAGCAGACCGGGCAGCAGGCGCCGCGUCCAGCAGAUCCCAGAAAUGACGCUCCCUCUGGGGCCUCGGCUUCAAGGAGCCAACCCGCUGCCUCAUCAGCGGCGCCACCGAGGCAGUCACUCGACGGCGAGACCAUCUUCGCCGUGGGCGAAGACGAUGGCGACAAGUUCUCGGACGACGAGAACUCUGACGAGGAUGCCGGUCUGGUCAAGCACAAGAAAUGA